AUGCCUCCGCGCAAAAGCGACGCGAGCCGCAGAAGCGACGUAUCCAACGCACGCUUCAUCGUCAUGGACGAAGACCCGGCCCCCGCCGCUACGCCGGCCAGCACCAGCAGCAACGUUGCGGCGGGCACUCCGUCGGCGGCUGCAAAGGCCAAGGCAUCGGCAUCGGCCUCGGCCUCGGCGACGCCGUCCAGCGUCCCUCCUGCGGCUGCGCCGACGCCCGACUCCGCCGCGGCCGCGAGGCCGACGUCGUCGACGCCGCUGACCACGACGACGGUGUUGCAUGCGGGCUCGGAGAAGAAGGAAAGCCAGACGCAUGACAAGAUGGCCAAGGCCGAUAGGGAUGCUCUCACCAUUGAGGUUCGUGAUGACUGUUGCCGUGCUCUCUCUGCCCGAUGCUCGGGCGAUGCCAUGAGGUGGUGGGCGGACCUCAACUUGCCCAAGUCUAUCAUAACGAGGCUUGCAAAGGGCGUGCUCCCGCCGAACACGCAGAUCCAGGCCAAUGCUGUCCUGGCCAUGAGCAAGAGCGCGACUGUCUUCAUCAACUAUCUCGCUUCGCAUGCCAAUGAAAUCACUGUCAACGCCAACAAGAAAACAGUCAGCGCCGAAGAUGUCUUCAAGGCCCUUGACGACAUUGAGUUCGGGUUCCUGCGUGAGCCCCUGGAGCAAGAGUUUGCCAGUGCGUCCACCCGUUCUUCUUUGUCUUUGUACGCCCGGUCUUGCAUUCAUGCGCAGUCACUGUACCCCCGUCUCUCCCACUUGACCCGUCUCACCAUCCCACUGAGAUCCUUCGCGUAA